AUGACACCUAGCCAUAUGAACAAGUUGUUUCGAUGGGCAUUGGUGGUCAUGGUGGUGUUCUACCUCCCAUACUCGGUGGGUGGAACUGACUUGGCAGGGCUGGAGGAUCCAGAGGUAGGUGAGUGUGCCGAUAUUUGGAGGGUUCCAGUCGACUCGCGGUGCUCUUAUCUUAAAGAAAACUGCCUAGAGGAUGUGAAUGCUGACGCUAAAGAUAGGUUACGCUACCUUUCACUCUUGUAUUGCAAGUUCCUGUUUUUGGGCUCCAUGGCUAUUCUUCCCAUUAUAUUAUUUCUCAUACUUUGUUUCACAUUGGUGGGAACCAUCGCCUCAGACUUUUUGUGUCCCAACUUGUACACGAUUUCCAAAAUACUCAGGCUUUCCGAUCGAUUAGCGGGCUUGACUUUCUUGGCGCUUGGAAACGGAGCCCCAGAUGUGUUGGGAACCUACAAGGCAAUGAGCAUGAACACUGAAUCUCUCGCAGUUUCAGAACUUGUGGGCGCAGCAUUUUUCGCUACUACCAUCGUUGUGGGAUUGAUUGCAGUGAUACACCCGUUCGAGGUUAAAAGAGACUCUUUUAUUAUAGAUUUUGGGUUCUUUCUGCUAGCGGCGAUGGUUGUUUUUGUUGCAAUUGUUAGGUCCACUUUAUCCAUCUGGACCAGUCUUUCGUUGUGCCUCAUUUAUUUGUCAUAUGUUCUGGUUCUGAUGGUCCUUCACUCCAUGUGGAAAUCAAGAGCAGAGCGCCAAAUACGAGAACGCCGUGCUCGAAGUAAUUUUGACUUUGGUAACGAGCUUCAAGACUUGGCUACAGAUGAGGUUUUCCUCGAUACAUUCGCGACGCUUCCAACCAUAGAAGAGCUCAUUCUUCACGAACGCCACACCAUGGAACACGCAGACGCAAAUAAUAUGACCCUUGAGACGGGCUCUUACGGUUUAAAGGUUCUUCUCAAAGACCUCAGCAAACAUUCAAGAACUAGAACCAGCCAUGGAAGUAUAAGCCUUGACGAUACUUAUGAACGUCCCUUAUCUGCGCCUGAAUUGGUUCGCAGUGAUAAUUCCUCAAUUGGUGAGAUCAAUGCUCCACAUACAUAUCCAAUGGAGAGCCAUUUAGCGCCGUUACAUGAACAUGAACUUGACCCUGUCACUUCUGGUGAUGAUGUCCUGUUGUCGGAGAAUUCCUUUAUUCACUAUUAUCCAUCAUUCUUGGAGUAUCUCUGGAAAGUGCUUCCCGACGUGGAUGAUUACCAGGAAAUGGGCGUCCUACAGCGGUGCCACUUGUACAUGACAUACCCACUCGCCAUACUUUUGAACAUCACAACCCCAACGGUGAACUAUUCCAGCAUCUUGCUGUACCGGCGUGGUGUCGAAGUUGACGAUGAAAGCGCUUUCCUCACCUUGUUUCAGUGUUUCUCUGCAUCCAAUUUUGUAACAUAUAUCCUUGCAAGAUCGCUGGAACACUACUGGUUUACCACGUUGGGCAUGCUAGCAACUAGCUCUGUCCUUGUUGUGUUGGUUGCAUUAUUUUCUCUCACCAUACCAUCUUGUAAACAUUAUAUCAUAAUGACUGGUUCAUUAUUUGGUUUUGUUUCGUCAAUUUGCUGGAUUGCAUUGUUUGCUACGGAAAUUAUAUCGAUAUUCCAAGCAAUUGCUACAAGCUAUAAUCUAAGUGAUGAUAUCUUAGGAUUGACGGUUUUUGCGUGGGGAAAUUCUGUUGGAGACUUGAUUUCCAACUUUACGAUUGCACGAAUGGGUCUCCCGUUAAUGGCUUUUGGAGCCUGCUUUGGAGCCCCCUUAUUGUCUCUCUGCCUGUUGGGAAUAAGUACAAUACUUAUCAAUAUUCAAAGGGCAGAUUCCUCCUUCAGUCUGAACUACGACAUCGAGACAACUAUUACCGUUAAAAUUAUGGCCAUGUCUGUCAUCUUGAACAUGUUCAUGUUGUUCGCCAUUGUACGGUUCAACGGCUGGAUGAUAGACAAAAAGGUCGGUGCAUCUUUAAUCACGAGCUGGUUCUUGACCGUUACCAUUUGUAUAACUACAGAGUUCUACAAUUAG